AUGUCAGACACAGCAGCACUCCGCCCACAGCCCCUGCAUAUGACGCAGGGGCAGGUGGUAACAGCCGUGAAGCCUGUAGGGCAGGUGCUGAAGCCACAAACAUCAGGCGGGCACCAACAACGGCAGGGUGAUGUCAUGUACAUGUCAGAGCUGCUGUCUUAUAGCCUGGAGCGCUUACGCAAGGUGAAAUCGCUAGAGCGCUUGCGCCAUCAGGCGUCGCCUAGUCAUACCGCUGUCCACGAAGGCUUUACCUCUUCAGUCCUAGUGCAGGAGCCGGAGGUUCUGAAAGCUGAAAAAGAGCAGUUGGAGCGGAACCUUCAGACUACAGCCGUGUCGCAGUACACAGCAUUCCUGGACGCGGCCAACUGCCUAACCAGCGUCAGCAAUGAGCUGUCGGCAGUUUGUGAGCACCUGGACUCGCUAUUGCAGGCUACACCGGAGCUCGCCACCGCCUGCGAGUCCUUUGCGUCCAACUCCGCGGCGGUACAGGAGCAGUUUGCACACAACAAGCAGCUCGCAAUCAGCCAAUCCACUAUAAUGGAGCUGUUGGAGGUGCCUCAACUGAUGGACACAUGUGUACGGAAUGGGGUUUAUGACGAGGCUUUGGACCUGCAGUCCUUUAUCAGCCGGGUGGGGCUGCUGCACCCGGAUGUGCCGGUCGUGAAACUGCUGCUGAGACAGGUUGCCGAGGUGGGCCGCAGCAUGCUUCAGCAGCUACUGGGCCGUCUGCGCACCAACAUCCAAUUGCCCGAAUGCCUGCGGGUCAUGGGCUACCUGCGCCGCAUUGGGGCCUUCUCCGAAGCGGAGCUGCGGCUGCAGUUCCUGCAGUGCCGAGACGAAUGGAUCUCCAGCCUGCUGUCGGAUCUGGACGACAGCGACUCGUACGAGUACGUCAAGCACCUUACGGACGUACACCGCUUGCACCUAUUCGACGCCGUGAUGCAAUAUCGGGCCAUCUUCUUUGACACGGCGCCAACAGCCUCGGCGGGUGCGGGCGUGGACCCCUCCGCAGCUCCUGCCAAUCUACGCGAGACGGCCAUGCUGUAUUCGUGGGUGCAGCACCGCGUGAACCUCUAUCUGGAGCAGCUGAGGAAGCACCUGCCCGCCAUUACGGAGGGGGGCAACCUGGCGUCGGUCAUCGAGCACUGCAUGUACUGCGGGUCGUCGCUCAGUCGUGUGGGUCUGGAUUUCCAGGCGUUGCUGUUGCCGCUGUUCGAGGCCUGCGGGCUGCAGCUGUUCGCCACACACCUAUCCAGUGCUGUGGAUGGGUUCAACCUGCGACUUGAGUCGCACAAGUGGGUGGCCAUGCCGACCCCGGUGCUGGGCCGAGGCAGGACCGACAGGCAACACCAGCACCAGGCCACUGCAGCGACGGCCGCUGGAGAGGCUGGUGAGGGGGCAGUCGGUGAGGGCGAGGCCGGCGCUGCUGCGACGGCGAGUGCUGGAACGGCGGCAGAAGACGAGUCCGGUCCCCCGUACGUCAUCAUGGAGCAUCUGCCGCUGGCGGUGUACGUCAAUGGCGUGCUCACGGCGCUGAAUGAGCUUCGGCACUGCGCCCUUCUGUCCAUCAGCAAACCCUUGGCAGGGCUGCUACAGACGGCACUGGAACACGCAGCUGGCAGCCUGGUGCACUAUCGCCACACGCACGCGCUCAACGCCAGCGAGCUGCCCCUCUUUAAAGCUGCAACUCGCUGCAUGUUGGACGUGGUGCUUCCCUUUCUGGUGGUCGCCUUCUCAAGGGUCUUCCCCGCAGCUAAUGCCAAGGUGGACAGUACCGCAAGCGCCGGUCUGCUGCGACAACUGCUCGCAGAGAUGUGAGCAGCACUGCCGUAAUUAGCCUAACAACUCCUAGUCCGCCCUCGUCCUGCCAUCGAUUACGAGCUGCAAUUCUGUUGCCAGUGUUUUUUGGUGGUGCCCUAUGAAUGAGCGAGGUGGCUUUGGGUGAAUGGGUUUCGAGCACCUACUUGGGUGCUGCUAUCGCGGCACAGAGCUGCGUGUGGACUAUGGAUCUUGCUCCUCUGUCGGGAAUCGAGCAGGUCCCAGGUGUUUCUGUUGGCGGUCUGGAUCAUAAUGGCCGCCAACCUGAUGCUGUUGUGUCCUGGGGUUCCUAACGAGUAACGGUAGGCAUGGUCAGGGGCACCGCCAGCGGAGUGGGCUCGGGCUGAGUCGCCACAGUCAUAUAAUGUCGUCAACAGUCGUGCUGGUCAUCCGGGUUGUCGGCCCUAUAGCAACAGCGUGAAAAUUAGGCCUGCUGGGCCUGCAUGCCUCCUUAAAGUUGGAGGCAUGUUGGCUCUAGGAAUUUACCAGCAGCCUUUAAGACGUCUUCUAACUAUGUCGCGGAUACAACAUCCGUGAGUUUUGCAAGGAUGAGCUUUUGCCC